UGGCAACAGUGUUACAGCAGCAAUGUUUUGUUUACUAUAGAAAUGUGAAAUGUUUCUGUUCCGACUUCAUAUUUUAAUAGAUUAUCUUUUCUUUAUGACUUUGAUUUCUCUUAGUCUCUAGUUUUUUAAAGCAUUUCACUAACUCUUAUCUUUUACAAGAAAUGGUGACAUGUUGUGUUCCGUUAUGUGGAAGUAGGAGUGAUCGGAAAAAGAAUAUUGAUGCCAUCGGAAAGAAAAUUACAUUUCAUGAAUUUCCAUCUAACAAAGAAAAAAGAAAAAAAUGGACGAGAGCUAUCCUUCGACGGGGAAACAAACCUAAUGAGUUAUGGACACCAGUUGGAAGUGCUGAUAGAUCAGUCAUAUGCAGUUUACAUUUUCAUCCUGCAGAUUUUAAACAAGGAUUGAAAUUAAGACGUUUGCAACCAUAUGCAGUUCCAAGUAUUUUCAAUGAAAGAAAUAUACUGAAAAGUCAAAAAGCAAGCCAUAAUGGUAAAUGCAAAUCUUUCAUAGUUUAUAAUGGGAUUGCUGAUGGAAAAGUGUCUUUCCCAACUGCUUCAAAAGAAAAUGUCACCAAUAAUUUCUCUACAUCAGCUACAGUGGUUUGUAAAAGAAAAAAAAUAAUGAAGAAUAAACAUGUGGGAACAAAUACUACUCAUACAAAUACAAGAUUAAAAGAGAUGCAAAGGAAAUACAGAAUCCUUCUUGAAGAAUAUAAACUUCUAGAGAAAUCUCUUGUUGAUUUUCAGAUCAAGAUUAAAGAUUUAGAAAAUGAAAAUAUGAAUUUACAAAGCAAAUUGUCGCAGCCCAUUAUCAUCAAACUCCAAAAGAACCGAGAUUUUCCAUUAGUCUGAAAAACCAGGUGGAAUCAAAAUGUGUGUGUGUGAUAUCAUACAGUAAAUCAGACAAUAUAUGUCAUAUUUUAAAACAGUUAUGUUUUGCCAUUUUCAUGAAAAUCUGAGAACAUGUAAUGAAUGUGCAUCGGGUAUCAGUUGAUAUGAUAAACAUACUCCAGUAAAUUAAUGGAAUGACUGCAGACUUUCAAUUGAAUAUGUAAUUAAUAGUCUGCCAAACUUACAUGCCUAAUAAAAAUUGUAUUAGAUUGUGAAAAUAUAGAAAUUGGUUUGAUCUGGUUCUACAUCAAAUUGGCAUCCAUAUGGGACUGUCUUAAGAAUAGUAAGGAUUUUCUUUUGCCGCAAAGACUGGCAUAACUGUUAUUAAAUAUGUCAGAUAAUCUCAAAGCUUGUACUGAUAUUUAGCUUUUUAUAUACUAUAGCCAUGAGUUGUAUUUGUUAAUUUUCUCAUUAAAUAAAGAGCAAUCUGUGAUUAUUUAAGUAAAUAAAGAAUCAUAUGUGCAUUCA